GUGCAUGAAGACAGCCUUAUACUGCGAAAUACUAGUGGUGACAUCAUCGAUCGAUUGUGGUAUGACCAACUUAUCAACAUGACUUAUCGCCCCCACACACGUGUUCUUUGUCUUUCUCGUCGAAAAAACGGUCAUUCUGAGUUGAGCAUGUUUUAUACUAAGGAAUAUCAGGAGCUCUACCGCCGCAUUGAGGAGGCAAUGCGUCAGGCUGCUAGUCGUCUUCAGCGAGGACCUUUAGGCUAG